GAGCCGAGGAUUGAGAGCUUCUUCGCGCCCGGGGGUCUGCGCCCGGCCGUCACCAUGCCACAAAACGAGUAUAUUGAGUUACACCGGAAGCGCUAUGGAUACCGUUUGGAUUACCAUGAGAAAAAGAGAAAGAAGGAAGGUCGAGAGGCUCACGAACGUUCAAAGAAGGCAGAAAAGAUGAUUGGGCUGAAGGCUAAGCUCUACCAUAAGCAGCGCCAUGCUGAGAAAAUACAAAUGAAAAAGACUAUCAAGAUGCAUGAAAAACGAAACACCAAACAAAAGAAUGAUGAAAAGACUCCACAAGGAGCAGUACCUGCAUAUCUGCUGGACAGAGAGGGACAGUCCCGAGCUAAAGUACUUUCCAAUAUGAUUAAACAAAAACGAAAAGAGAAAGCGGGAAAAUGGGAAGUCCCUCUGCCCAAAGUUCGUGCCCAGGGAGAAACAGAGGUAUUAAAAGUUAUUCGAACAGGAAAGAGAAAGAAAAAAGCAUGGAAGAGGAUGGUUACGAAAGUCUGCUUUGUUGGAGAUGGCUUUACUCGAAAACCACCUAAAUAUGAAAGAUUCAUUAGGCCAAUGGGCUUACGUUUCAAGAAGGCCCGUGUAACGCACCCUGAACUGAAAGCGACCUUUUGCCUGCCAAUUCUUGGUGUGAAGAAGAAUCCCUCCUCCCCACUUUAUACAACCUUGGGUGUUAUUACCAAAGGUACUGUCACCGAGGUGAACGUGAGUGAGUUGGGCCUUGUGACACAAGGAGGCAAGGUUAUUUGGGGAAAAUAUGCCCAGGUUACCAACAAUCCUGAAAAUGAUGGGUGCAUAAAUGCAGUCUUACUGGUUUGACAGCAGUUUCAUAUAAGUAACUUUGUAAUAGUUGAAGACUAUACAUCAAUCAGAAAAAUUCCUUUACUAUGUUUCUGAGUGCUAUCAAACAGCUUACAUGUCUGCAGUCCUCAAGAGAAUUAUUUAUUCUAUUGUAAAGAAUAUUAAAAUGGCCCAGUUUUA